AUGUCCUCCAGCAACUCAGAGAGGAUCAGAACUGCUCUCCGUGCAAUUAAAGAUAGCAAUGUGGAUGCAGUUGACUAUAGCGUCCGCACUAUGGAGAAUGGACAGGUUGUUUCUACAACGCAGAGGAUUGUCAAUGGUACAGCUCCCAUGAUCACGAAUUCAAUGAAGCCUACUGAUCGUGAGUUGUUCCUAGAAAAUGGACUACCAAAUAUCCCUUUCUUGAAAGAAUUUCUCAAACAAGAAGGCAGAUUGCACAAUCAACAGGUAAUAAAGAUCUUUAGCAUGGCAACAAAAGUCUUGAGAAAAGAGCCAAAUCUGUUGUGUAUCUCUGCACCUGUAACUAUUUGUGGUGAUAUCCACGGCCAGUAUUACGACCUUCUAACCUUGUUUGAAAUGUGCGGUGAUCCGAUUGACACUUCGUACCUUUUCCUUGGUGAUUACGUCGAUAGAGGUUUCUUCUCGAUGGAAUGCCUGCUUUUGUUAUAUUCCUAUAAAGUCACAUAUCCAGGUACAUUUUUCUUAUUGAGAGGCAAUCAUGAGUGUAAGCACUUGACUGAGUAUUUUACCUUCAAGAAAGAAUGCCUGCACAAGUAUGAUUACAGGGUUUACGAUGCUGCGUGUGAAUCGUUUAACGCUUUACCUCUGGCAACGAUUUUAAAUAGCAAAAUCUUCUGCUGUCAUGGUGGUAUUUCACCUGAGUUGAAUACCCCUGAAGACGUCAACAGGUUAAACAGAUUCAAAGAGCCACCAACAAGAGGUCUGAUGUGUGAUCUGCUGUGGUCUGAUCCUAUUGAAGAUUACGACUGUGGAACUGAUGACGAUCCGGCAUUCCUCCUAAACAGAGUUAGAGGCUGCUCCUUUGCAUAUACCUUCAGAGGAGUAUCUCAAUUCUUGCGCAGAAAUAACCUCUUGUGUGUCAUUAGAGCACAUGAGGCUCAAAGCUCCGGCUAUAGAAUGUACAAGAAGUCUGUCGAUAGAAGAUUUCCAACACUUUUCACCAUUUUCUCUGCUCCAAAUUAUCUUGAUACUUAUAGAAACAGAGGUGCAGUGUUGAAAUAUUCUCAAAAGAGUAUGAACAUUAAAGAGUUCUCGAGCUCUCCACACCCAUACUGGCUACCGAAUUUCAUGGAUGUGUUCACAUGGUCACUUCCGUUUGUCAGUGAGAAGGUUACCGAUGUUUUGCUAUCUGUGUUGAACAUCUGCACUGAGGAAGAGCUCCUCGAGGAAGAGCUCCUUGAAGAAGCGUCUCUACUGGAUGAUGAGCUGCUCCACAACUUCUAA